GGAGAAAGAAAAGUUGUCGAAGAGGAAGAAGAGAUUUUAGAUUUAGAUUUUGAUGAUGAAAAUUGGGUAGAUUGGCCAGUAUUUGAUUUGAGUAAUGAUAGAAUGGAGGGAAGUAGUAAAG